UGCCAUCAGCCCAGAACCUAACUCUGCAAUCUUCGUUUCAACAUAAUCUAGGCACCAUGAUGCACGAUACGGGAUGUAUGGGCUCUAUGGGCUCUAUGAGCUCUAUGAAGCAAGCCCACUCAACUACGGGCGGCGCUAAAACGAUGGACGGUUCAAUGGUCAUGACCUUCUUCUCUUCAUCCUCUACCCCACUCUUCUCAAAAGGCUGGACUCCGCAGACCACAACCUCAUACAUGGCCACAUGCUUCUUCCUUGUCGCUCUAGCCUGCAUAAUGCGAAUGCUUCUCGCCCUCAAGCCUGUGUUGGAGACUUCAAUAUGGUGGAUCAACUCAAACUCGGAUAGGAUACUAUUGCCCGAAGGAAACGAAGAUAUCGACCCGGUUAAAGAAGACAUUCGACGGCUACAAAAAGUGACAAGCCAAGUCAAACAACGAUGGUGGAGAUGGAGGUUUUCAACAAGCCUGUCAAGAGCUACUUUUGAGGUUCUGCUGGCCGUCGUGGGCUAUCUGCUUAUGCUUGCUGUGAUGACGAUGAACAUAGGCUACUUUGUCUCUGUAAUUGUGGGGAUAUUCUUGGGCACAUUUGCUCUGGGGGAUUUGGCGAUGAACAGUUCGCUUUAUGAGGAGCAUCAGUGCUAAAGCUUUUGAGAGAAGCAUGGGGACUCAAGCAGUGUAUCGAUUAUCUGGGUUUUACCUCUUGAUUAUUGUUCAUGCUUAUUGUUGGACCUUAAGGCCAUUACAACCGAAUUGCCAGUCUGUGAGGCCAUAUGACCAUCAGCCACCGUACCACACAAUUUCUGCCUGUGGGGUCGGCAUCGUUCUUUUCUACAUAUAUAAAGUAUAAGGCCCUUAUGGCUACAGUACACUCUUUUGAAGAGGAUCUACAGAUUUCAAUGCAGUACAAUUUCCACAAUUAG